AUGGGCAGCAAGCGCGGCGGCGCGGGGGGCCGCCGCUGGGCCGCCUCGGGCGUGCUGCUUUUGCUGCUAUUGCUGGCGCUGGCGGCCGCGGCGAGUUCGGCCAGCGAGUACGACUAUGUGAGCUUCCAGUCCGAUAUCGGCUCGUACCAGAGCGGGCGCUUCUACACCAAGCCGCCGCAGUGCGUGGACAUCCCGGCGGACCUACGGCUGUGCCACAACGUGGGCUACAAGAAGAUGGUGCUGCCCAACCUGCUGGAGCACGAGACCAUGGCUGAGGUGAAGCAACAGGCCAGCAGUUGGGUGCCGCUGCUCAACAAGAACUGCCACAUGGGCACGCAGGUCUUUCUGUGUGCGCUCUUCGCGCCCGUGUGCCUCGACCGGCCCAUCUAUCCGUGCCGCUGGCUCUGCGAGGCUGUGCGCGACUCGUGUGAACCCGUCAUGCAGUUCUUCGGUUUCUACUGGCCCGAGAUGCUCAAGUGCGACAAGUUCCCGGACGGCGACGUCUGCCUCGCCAUGACCCCUCCUAACGCCACCGAAGCCUCCAAACCGCAAGGUACCACUGUGUGUCCUCCGUGUGACAACGAGUUGAAGUCCGAGGCCAUCAUUGAGCACCUGUGCGCCAGCGAGUUUGCCCUGAGGAUGAAGAUCAAGGAGGUGAAGAAGGAGAACGGCGACAAGAAAAUCGUCCCCCGGAAGAAGAAACCGCUCAAGCUGGGGCCGCUCAAGAAGAAGGAGCUCCGGAAGCUGGUGCUGUACCUCAAGAACGGGGCCGACUGCCCCUGCCACCAGCUCGACAGCCUCAGCCACUACUUCCUCAUCAUGGGCCGCAAGGUCAAGAGCCAGUACCUGCUCACCGCCAUCCACAAGUGGGACAAGAAGAACAAGGAGUUCAAGAACUUCAUGAAGAGGAUGAAGAACCACGAGUGCCCCACUUUCCAGUCAGUCUUCAAGUGA